UCCGUAUGUAGUCACUUGUUGAAAUCUCUAGAAAGACAAAUAUUUAGGAAUGGAGGGAGUAGCUAACUAUGUAUGAAAUGACAGUUUUUUCUACUGUGAAUAUUGAAUGCAGUAUACAGAGAAAAAUAGUAAAGCAAAUCUGAUGUUCCAUUUCAUGGGUGAUAUUUUAUCUGCAGCUCUUUUGUGCUUUAUUGCCCAGAUAUCCAAUAUGGCAGAGGUGAUUAUAUCAAGCCUUGCAAUCUCAGUUCUCCGAAAGGCCACAUCUUCUGGCAGUGAAUGGGCCGUUAAUGAGUUCAAGUCGUCCUGGAAUAUCAAGAAAGAGCUUGAAAAGUUGGAAAGGUCACUGAGUUCCAUCUGUGGUGUUCUUGAAGAUGCCGAGGGCAAACAGUCAACUUCUCAUGCUCUUAAAGAGUGGUUAGACAAUUUGAAGGAUGCAGUCUACGACAUAGAUGAUGUUCUGGAUGGCGUGGCCACCCGAGCUCUAGAGCAAAAGGUUCAUACAGGAUUCUUCAUUCGAAUGAGCCACAUGCUUGCUUUUCCAUUCAAAUUGAGCCACAUGAUAAAAGAUGUCCGUGAAAAACUUGAUGAGAUAGCAUCCAACAGAUCAAAAUUUGGAUUAACAUGCCAUCUAAUUGGUAACCAUGUAUCCAGGUGCAGUAACAGGGAAACACAUUCCUUUAUUAAUGAAAAAUAUAUUAUUGGAAGAGAUGAUGCUAAAGACAAUAUUGUCAAAGUUAUAUUGACUGCUGCAAACUCAAAUUCUUUGUCUGUGCUUCCUAUAGUUGGUUUGGGAGGGAUAGGAAAAACUGCAUUGGCCAAGUUGGUAUACAAUGAUGCACGGACUAGCAAGAAGUUUGAAAGGAAGUUAUGGGCAUGUGUCUCUGAUGUAUUUGAUCUUCACAAGAUCUUAGAUGACAUAAUACAAUCUGGUACCGGUGAAAGCAACAAACAACUAAACCUGGAAAUGUUACAGCGCAAGUUGCGCGGGAUUUUACAGGAGAAGAGAUAUUUUCUUGUACUUGAUGACAUGUGGAAUGAUCAAGUUUCUGACUGGGAAGAGUUGAGAAGCCUGCUUUCCAGUGGUGGUAAUGGAAGUGUGAUUGUAGUCACCACGCGCAGUUCAAAUGUUGCAUCCCUGGUGAAGACCCUGGAACAAUAUGACGUUACAAAAUUACCACAUGAUGAGUGUAUGGAAGUAUUUGUUCGGUGCGCAUUCAGAGAUGGUAGUGAAAAAGACCCCAAGUUGCUAAAACUGGGGAACUCCAUUGUUAAAAAAUGUUGUGGUGUUCCUUUGGCAGCAAAGACACUGGGUUCCCUGUUGUGUAAUAGUCGAAAUGUUGAAGAAUGGCGGCGCAUCGACGAAAACAAACUGUGGAACAUUGAGGGAAGCAUAAAUGGUAUCUUGACAGCAUUAAAAUUGAGUUAUGAUGCACUUCCGCCUCAUCUGCGAGCGUGUUUCGCUUGCCUAUCAACUUUCCCGAAGGACUACCAUAUGUUUACGAAUCACCUUGUUAUGUUCUGGAUGGCAUUGGGGUUGUUGCACCGGGGCAGUGAAAGCCAUGAGACGUUAACUAAUGGAGCAAAAUACUUCCAUGAACUUCUUGAUAGGUCCCUUUUACAAGACCAAUAUAUUCUUUACGAUGGCAGCAUUCAGAAAUGUAAAAUGCAUGAUCUCGUUCAUGAUCUAGCAAUAUCGGUGUCCAGAAAUGAGUGUGCUCUUGUUAGUUGUGAAAAGGUUGCAGUGUCUGAAAGAGUUAGGCAUCUAGUGUGGGACCGCGAGGACUUCUCAGUGGAUCUGAAAUUUCCUAAGCAGCUGAAAAGGGCACGUAAGGCGAGAACAUUUGCAAGCAGAUACAAUUAUGGUACCGUGAGCAAAGCCUUCCUCGAGGACCUAUUCUCUACAUUCACACUCCUGCGUGUCUUGAUUUUCUCUUAUGUUGAAUUUGAAGAGCUACCGAGUUCAGUUGCAAAUCUGAGGCAUCUGAGGUACCUAGAUCUACAAUGGAACAAGAAAAUCAGAAUCCUACCGAAUUCCUUAUGUAGAUUGGUGAAUCUACAAACAGUUCAUCUUGGCCGGUGCAGCCAAUUUGAUGAGCUACCAGGACGUAUGGAUGAACUUGUCAACCUUACGUUCUUGGUCCUCACGUCAAAACAAAAGAAUUUACUAAAAAGUGGGUUUUGUGGUUGGUCUUCCAUGACAUUUCUAUAUUUGAGCGGCUGCACCGAGUUAGUAUCACUCACAGAAGGAUUUGGUAGCCUCACUGCUCUCCGAGAGUUGCUCAUCUUCAACUGCCCAAAGCUCGCUUCUCUCCCCUCUUCCAUGAAGCAGCUCUGUGUGCUUGAGAAGUUGGUGAUUAGUAACUGCCAAGAGCUUGAUCUGAUGGAACCAGUAGGAGCCUUGAGUGGGCUGGGAAGCCUACAUGUGCUUACUCUCGUUGAGCUUCCAAAGCUCGUGGGCUUUCCAGAGAGCUUCAAAUCUUGUGUGUUAUCUCUUCAGUUUGUCCUGAUUCGCGAUUGCAAAGGGCUUGAGAAGCUGCCGAGCUUCAUUCGAGAUUUCACUUGUCUUAAGAAAAUUUUAAUUCAGGACUGCCCUAAGUUGAGCAGGAGAUGCACGGCUGAAUCCGGGGAGGAUUAUCAUCUCAUCCGCGGUAUCCCUGUCAUACACAUCGAUGGAGACACUUGUGAAGGGAGACACGAGGCUCUAACAAGCACAUAUAUCAUAAAUCCUGAUGGAAGAAAUGCGUGAAGAAGUUCAUAUUCGGAAUGAGCUCUCAGCUGAGCGCGCACCCUGUCAGUGGAUUCCUUACAGUGUCGAUUAGGUUAUUUCUUCUACAUGUAUUUGCAACAUCUGUAACACUGCUAUUUGUAUUGACUAAGAAUAAGCUGGACAAACGGGGUUUUUAUUUGUUUUGUGGUUUAUAUGCU